AUGCCUACCAAAUUUGUGUGGAAAAAGGACAUCCGUGAAUGGCAUCCAAGAAAGAAGGGUUCCUCAAUUUGUCGAAUAUUCUAUGUACCACCAGCUUCAGGUGAAAUAUAUUAUUUGAGGUGUCUAUUGAACAUAGUCCGUGGUCCAAAAAGUUUCAAAGAUAUUAGGACAGUUAACGGUGUUGAGUACUUGACCUUUAGAGAUGCGUGUUAUGCUCAUGGAUUGCUAGACGAUGAUAAAGAGUACAUUGAUGCUAUAAAUGAAACAAGCUACUGGUCAACUGCGCAUUCACUGAGGAAGCUAUUUGUUGUUUUACUAACAUCAUCCUCAAUUAUUAGACCCGAAAAUGUUUGGAAUCAAGUGUGGCAACAUUUGUCUGAAGAUGCUCAACACUAUCAAAGAAGAAUAUUAAAACAACAAGAUUUGGUCCUAACAGAUGAAGAGAAAAAGAACUUUGCAUUAUUGGAAUUGGAAAACCUUUUGGGGCAACAAAACAAGUCUUUAAAAGACUACCCUCUGAUGCCAAUACCAAGUACUGAUAAUUCAAGGUUGUUUCAAAAUCGUUUGCUUUUUGAAGAGUUGUGUUACAAUUCGGAACAAUUGAAGAAAGAUUCUGAAGUGAUGUGUGCCAAACUAACUGAAGAACAGAGUCUCAUUUAUGAUACUGUUAUCCAAGAUAUUGCAAGCAAUAAAGGUGGCUUAUUUUUUGUUUAUGGAUACGGUCGAACAGGAAAGACUUUCUUGUGGAGAGCGUUGUCAGCUGCAGUCCGAUGCGAAGACUCUACCUGUAACAUUAAACAAGGUAGCGACUUGGCUGAAUUGUUGAUAAAGACGAGUUUGAUAAUUUGGGAUGAAGCUCCCAUGAUGCACAAACAUUUCUUUGAAGCGUUAGAUCGAAAUAUGCGGGAUUUGUUGCGUUUUGUAGACCCUCAUAGUGAAAUGAAAACGUUUGGUGGUAAAACAGUUAUUUUGGGUGGAGAUUUCCGCCAAAUUCUUCCAGUAGUUCCAAAAUAUACACGGCAAGAUAUUGUUUCUUCAAACAUAAAUUCAUCAUAUCUAUGGGAUAGUUGCAAAGUUUUAAGGUUGACUAAAAACCUCAGGCUAAGUUCGGUACCCAUCGGUGGGAACCGGCAGGCAUUAGAAGAGUUUGCUAACUGGAUUGCCAAUAUCGGCGAUGGAAAGCUGGGUGGGCGGAAUGAUGGGUUCGCAGAGGUUGAAAUACCAAAGCACAUGUUACUAUCAUCCGGAGGGGACGAUAUUAAAACAAUUGUGCACAGUACAUUUCCUAUGUUUGCAAAUGGAAACACUGACCCCGAGCAUCUGAUAGGUCGUGCUAUAUUAGCACCAACGCUCGACGUGGUCAACGCAGUUAAUGACUAUAUGACUGAGUUGCAUAACGCCGAAAGAAGGUCAUACUAUAGUUCAGACGCAGUAUGCAAAGCCGAUGGAGACAACGGUAUAUUUGGAGAUGUACACACACCGGAAUUUCUAAACAGCAUUCGGAUUUCAGGUCUACCAAAUCAUACACUGACUUUGAAAAUCGGUUCACCAGUAAUGUUAAUGAGAAAUAUUGACCAUUCCCUUGGUUUGUGCAAUGGAACUCGGUUGAUAAUCACAAAGCUAGCAGACUGGUCCUAA